AGCACCAACAUAACCAACCAAUCCACACAAACCAACGUUCGGCCCAAAGCGGCAUCAUCAUACUUCGUCAACAUUUCUGAGAUUCUGCGGGGUUUUUUUGUAUAGUGUUGCUUGUUUGAAUUGCAUGCAUGCCAUGCUUCGAAAUUGGGUGCCACUGCCUGCCUUGGUACUUGUGUUUCUAUUUAGCGUAGAAUGUACCGCAUGGACUGCCCGCGGAUGUGUAGAUCUCGAUUCUUCUACCUUUGAUAAAGUGGUAAAGAAGUUCCGGUACACCUUGGUUAAGUUCGAUACGGCCUUUCCUUACGGCGACAAACAUGAAGCCUUUACCAGCCUAGCGCAGCAGGUAGCGGGCAGCGAUGAACUGCUGUUUGCAUUGGUCGGCAUAAAGGAUUACGGAGAAAAGGAUAACACGGACUUGGAAAGACGGUUCAGCAUACCGAAAGAGUAUCCAGUCGUUAAGCUAUUCUCCCAUAACAUCGAUAAACCGAUCGACUUCCCCACUAGCGAGGAAAUCAGUGCAGACAGUUUGCGCCUUUUCCUGAAGCGCAACACAGACUUAUACAUUGGACUGCCGGGAUGCGUACAGAAGCUGGACGAUUUUGUGCACGUGUUUUUGCAUUCAUCCGACAAUGUUGAGAAGCAAUCCAUUAUCGAUCAAAUUGAAACACUGGGCAAAGCAUUGGACGAAACCGAUCAGUUUAAAACAUCCUACCAAACGUACGCAGCCUUGAUGCGAAAAAUUCUGCACGCCAACAAACCACCCACUGUCGUGGUACAAGAUGAAAUGGAUCGAAUAGCGAAAAUAUUGCAAGGCAAACUCAGCGACUCUAAGCGACAUGAUUUGAAACUACGAAUCAACAUAAUGCAAUCAUUCCUAUCAGAAAGCACACCUAUCACAAGUGCUCAUUCGAGUGAGCUGUGAAUGGAAAAUUAAAGAGGAGGUUUUCUACUAUCUAUUGGUAAUACCAAAAGUAUUAAACAAAUCUCUAGUAUAAAAUA